AUGCCGGUGCAAAAAGAAAGCAUGUCAGAUCUCUAUUUAAGCCCAAAAGGGGACAAUCAGCACCUCAAGUCCACUUGGACUUUGCUCUUCAAAACCAAGGAUGAGAUCUUUCAAGUAAUUGUGGCUUUUGUCAAGAAGAUCCAGAGAACGCUCAUUGAUUCCAGCACGGAACCUGGUCCUGUCUCUACAACAACAGAAGCUGAAGAACAAGUUGUUGAAAAAGGUUAUGACAUAGAAGCAUCACAGGUCAUCAGCACUCCCAUUGCCACAACUACACACCCAGAUAUGGAUGAACCUGGUUCUCCUCUAAAUCAAACCAUGUAUAGAGACAUCAUUGAAUCACUCUUGUAUCUCACUGCAAGUAGACCAGACAUCGAGCUUAGAGUUGAGUUUUGUGCAAGGUUUAAGUCAAAUCUAAAGGAUUCUCAUCUGAAGGCUAGUGUAAUAAUUUUGAGAUAUCUUAGAGGAACACAGGACCUGGUCCUCUACUAUCUUUCAAGUAAUGGAUAG